AUGGCCUUUCGCCGUGUUCGGCGAAGGUACAUCGACGCGAGAAAAAACAGCAACAUAAAGUCUAUCGUCGAAGAACUGUUGGGAGCGAUCGAAGGCAACGGCAUGACCAUCCGCACCUGGUUCGAGAUCAUGGACCAGCUGUCCAACAACAACAUGAUCAACCAAAGCGAGUUCUCCAAAGGCAUGGAGAUGCUGCAGAAUCACAGUACGGAGAGAAUGAAGCAACCCGUUUUGAGCGCCGAACAGAUCCAAGAGCUGUUUGUCUACAUGGACGCCAACCACGAUGGCAUACUGGUGCUCAAUGAGGUAGCGCUCGCGUGCAAAGUGGAGCACUACAAGACGACAUCUUCGCAAGAAAUGGAUGCCAUCACGUCCAUGAUGCAGGCUUUGGACGACUACAUGGGAGUCCACUACAUGAAGAUCCGGGACCUCUUCGUGCACCUCGAUAGGGACAAAAGCGACGGCCUGAGUCGAGCUGAGAUCCGGUGCGGAUUUCACGCGAUCCAGGCGGAGGCCAAGAGGAAGCAGGAGGCUGCCGUUCGCCGGAAGCAAAAGGAAGCCGUGAAGAGAGCAAUCAGGGAGGAUGAAGCGAGGAUUGCGGAAGCGAAAAGGGAGGAGAUGGACCGGUUGGUGUAUAAACAGCGGCGUUUGUCCAUGGCAGGAGAGGCGGCGUGGAUCCUCGCCCCUCUGACGAGCCAGCAUGACCCGUGGGUGACAGAAGAGAACGGGCUGUUGUACAAGGCGGCGAGGGGGAGAGCUCCGGCGCAGGCGCUGAUCGUCUACUUUCGAAGCUAUAAACCCGACGAUGGCCCGGUGUACGGCGUGAUCAUGCACCCUCGCGAGUUCCUUGGCAAUGUCACCAUGAGAGUCACGCUCCUCUUCAAGUACAACGAUGACAAGUACGCGGGGCCAGCUCGCAUUUUGCACCCGACGGGGGGAGCAUUUGAAGCAGCCAAUGCAUCCUCGGCCGCAUUUGUGUCCAAGCCUGAGCUCAGGUACAUUGAAACGGACUCGGAGUGGCGAGAUGUCAUUGGCCGCCAGUUUGCCAGCAAGAGCGAGGCGCGCCUGCAUCAUAUUUCCAAGUGGAUCAGAGACCAGCUCGCAACACUUUCGGCGGCCGAAGAAAAGGAGCCCCGGGUAUCGGCAUCCGCCGUAAAGGAAUCUUUGGGCGAAGUCAUGGAGUUUGUCAACAACCCGGACAACUUGUGGGCCGUGACGAGGGAGAUGCUAGAGACGAUCGUGUCUUACAUAAGAGCUCCGCAGUCUGAAAGCGACGAGGCACCCGUGCUUGCGGCCACAAUACUAUGGAAGCUCAGCGAGUACGAGGACUUCGUGUUGCCCCUGCUCAGGGCCGACGCGGCGGGAAAAUGCGCCGCGGCGAUAGAAGAACUCGGCCCUCCGCGGGCAGGCCCGUUGCAGUACUGGCUGCAGGUCUCGGUGCAGACACGGGUGACCGGCGUGCUGUGCCGGAUAGGAUGCGCCGCGAGCGUAGACGGUCCUGUGCGGCUUAGGGUGGCCAGCGCCCUCAUCGCCGUCGUCGCUCGCCCGCGGGGACCUCUAGAGGCUCGCAAGGACUACCGGGAAGGUGCCGACGGCAAGAUCCUGUCCUUCGCCUCCUUCGCGCUGGGAAAUCUCGUGGCGACGUCCACCUCAAUCAGAGGCAGCAUCGCACACCGCUCCAGCCUGUUCGAUGCGCUUGUGUCGGCCCUGCGGCCGGCCACCGGUGGAGCAGGCGGCGCUAGGGGAGGGAGGAGCGUCGGCGGUGUGCUCGGGGGGUCUCCUCUACAAGCCGUGGCGUGCGCCGCGUUCUGCCUGGCCCACGUAACGACGGGCGAGUCUGCCCCGCUCCUGACCCGAGGAAAAAUCCUUUCGGCGUGCCUGACGCUGUCAGGCCUCUUGGACGUCUGCGUCGAUCAACUAGAGGCGGGGGUAGGUGAUAGUAGUAGUGCCAGAGGAGCGACCGAUGGAUCGGCCUCUGAAGUGUUCCCGAUCACGGUUCCGAAUGACGACGCUGCUGGUGCUGCUGCUGCGACAGGAGAGAGCGGCACGCUCUCGGUCACGAUGGUUAUGGAGAGUGCCGGAAAGGCUCUUUGGGGCUGCCUUUCCCACCUUUCUGAUUCAACAAACGGAGACGAUAGUACAUCCCGAAGCAUACGCGAUUCCUCCAGCUGCGAAGGAUCUGUCGGAAGCCCCGAUCGGACGGAGCUUAGCAGUGGCGGGAUCAGCGGAGGUGCCUCGGUCGACAGUGGGUGCCAAGCCCCCGACUUGAAGGGCAAUGAGCAGGGUGCCCUAUCGGCAGCAGGGAUUCCAUCCGGCAACGCCGAGGGUGGUGUCAGUAUUUGUGGCGGAGAUGAUUCGAUCACGGACAGGCCAUCCAUGUCUCCUCGCCACAUCCUGUCCAAGUGCGCGCUGACACUGCUUGGACUCCUAUCUCAAGUUGCCAAGCACCAUGCGCACCGCCGCAGCAGUGUUGGUGUCGAAUCGACAGGAAACGACCCGAACUGUAAAAGAAUGAGUAGAAGCGGUAGAACGGGUAGCACAAGCAGCACCAAAGUGAGCAGCAACAUCGACCACAGCGAAACGACCGGCAAGAGCAACAGCAACGGAGGCAACAGCAGCAUCGGUGGUGUUCCUCACUCGAUCGUCGCCAUCGCGGGAUCCUGCCUUUCGCGCGUCGCGCAAGACAUUGACCUCGCCGCCGGCCCGCCUGGCGCCAUGGAGUCGGUUCUGGCCCUCCUCUUGCCAUCGGCCGGCCUGCUCGUCAGACAACAGGCAGCCCUCACCCUAAGCGCGAUCGCUGGGCAAGGCUUUCAGACUUUGUCCGACUUUCGUACGGAGAAGGCGGCGGUGGCAGCGGCCGCGAGAUGGUCUUGUGGCGGCGGGGGCAAUGAUAGUGAGAGAAACGGGGGCAGUGACGACGCAGCACAAUGGCCGGGGCAGGGAGAGGGUGGGCGGGAAAGGAAACGGUUGCUUUUGUGGGGGACGUUUUGUGCCGGCGUGGUUGAGGGGACGGGCGCUCAGAUCAUCCUGGACUGUGCCUUACCCGGCCCCUCCUCAAGGCCAAACAGCCGCCUCCUACGAGAGCGAGCGGCGCUGGCGUUCUCCUUGGUCUGCCUCUGCGCCGGCCUGAGACCGGCAUCCUCCGCCGUCCAGGGGGGAAUUGUGUCCUUGUUGCGGUGCCGCGACGGUGAGGUUGUGGGCGGGGCCGCUACGGCGGCCCUGUGGGCCCUCUGUCGGGUUCCGGUAAACAGAAAAGCUUUCGCCAAGACCAGAUGUUUCGACUACCUACUUCUCACAAGUAUCACUCGUUCACGAGCCCUCGUCUGUUGCACGCUUUCUGAGAACGAGGGAGUGGUUACCAGCUUCUGCUCGAAACGUCUUCAAAAAAGGCAGAUCUAUCCCAUAUCACUGUUAGUUGAGCCCGAGAACGCCCUCCAGAUAACGAACCAUGGAGGAAGCAUUGCCAAGCUCGUCUCGUGGGCAACUCCCUUGAAUGGCGAUCACAACUCCGAGGAUUUGUCACGCAUGAUUACCGUGGAGGACAACGCUAAGACCGCUAGCUGUCUCGGGGUGAUACGAAGGUGUUUGCUGCUCCCCGAAGGAAUGAAGGCGCUUGCCGACGGUCUCGCAAGCUACUCCCUGAUCCAGCUCGUUCUGCAGUUGCUCAGGGUCGGAGUGUGGGUGAAAUCCGUCCUUCCUCUGACCCUCAGAGAGGCUCAAGGCGUCCUCUUCGCCGUGCAGGACCGAGCAGAGUAUCGCGGCUACUGCGAGAGCAUCUGCGGGGGCGAUCCCUUCGGCGUAGAGGACACCCUAGCGUUGCAGCUCCAGCGGCCGGGCGUGAAGUACGCCGCACUAGCCGGUGAUGCCGUGGUCGGCUUGGCCAGCCUUUCGGUUACCCUCGCGUCUCGCCGCCGACUGGCCGUGAACGGCACGGUCGAGAGCGUUGACAGGUUGCUGGCGCGCAGCAUGGCGAUUGAAAGUGGUGGCGGCCGCGAGAAGGGAUCAAAGGGCGAUCACGAAGCUGUCAGAAACAUGGCAAAACUCUUGAAAAACCUUUCGAGCGUACCCGAGGCGCACAGGCGACUCUCCAACCGCCCGCUUCUACCUCUCAUCACCCGCCUCUGGGAGGAGAGCCCUGACGAGGCCACAUCACAGCUCGCCUGUCACGUCCUAGCAAACCUCAGCCGCAGCGACGUGCCUGGCGUUAGGAAUCGCCUUUUCCAGCUACACCUGGCAGCAGAGUCCGAAGUAGUACGCCGAACAAGAGCCAGCGGUGGUGCCGGUACUACACCUGCUCCUAUUGCGAAACAGAAGCCCUCAGCUGCCGUCCCCCGACAAGGCUUCGCUGCCUCUAGUACCGCAACGAGAGCACAGCACGGCGAGACCAACAGCCGAGACGACGACACUGUGAGCCUUUCCUCGAGCGUGUUCCGCCGGGACGGCUUCGUUGAAGGCCACCGCUACAAGGGAAAUGGCUGCACAAGUGACGCAAAGUCAGCCGCGGUGUUGUUGUCGCAGGAAGCGUUACGCCGCGACGCCCGCCGUGACGCACAAUACCGUCUGCGUUUGAUGCCCGCCGCCCUGUGGGGAAGCCGGGCGAGACACGUCGACGACGGCUGCAGUGGAGGCGAGGAUGGCCUCGACGUGGCGGGGAUAGUGGAGAAGCAGCGGACACGGCAGACAUUUUUGACGGCUGGAUUGGACGAAGCUUCGGGGGCGGUAGCAGUGGAGUCGGCUACGGUAACAUCAACGCUGAAUGCGAGACACGAUAGGCAUCAAGCGAAGCGAGAUGGGUCUUGCCCGUCAAAACAAAAAAUAGGAGGCGCGGCUGCGGUUGUGGUGCAACCUUCUGUUGGCGACUUUGACGAUGGUGGUGGCGAUGGGAUCGUGUUCCAAGGCACGGCGAAGGUGUCCCAGGCGGCGUCGCUGAAGAGACCCGCCGUUACCGCGAACGUGCCGCUGCGGUGGCAAUCCAGGGUGGUCGCACUGUCGAGCCUUAGGGAUAGCUUAAACGGCGGUGCGACUCGAGGUUCGCCAUCAAUGGGCCAGAGGAUGGCGAAGGCGAGGUGUCGAGCCCGCCAACGCAGCAAGGAAAACAGGCAACACGAAUUCACCUCUACCACUGCUUGCAAGGAUAUGAACAAAGGCAACAACAGCAACGAGACCCAAGAAUCGAAAGAAGUCACUUCCUCCGACUCCGCCAGUCCCGACCAACGCUGCCGCCCUUCCAAAAUCGGCGAUACACGAAUGACCCUUGCGGAAUGGACAUCGAGAGAAGACGUGCAUGUACCGGGAGGAGAGAAAAGCACCGACGACAGUGGCGGGUGUGGUAGAGGCGCUGAAGGCAUUCUUUCCUUGGUGGAAGGUGGAAGACCCUCAACUGCACCGAUGCACUCGGAUGGGAAGGUGAUCAUGAGGCCCCUCGGGCUCGGACAAGUCGACAAUGGCGUACCUGGCGGGAGUUUGGAACCUCCGUCGGUAGUGUUCGAACCAGGUUCCUCACGGCUACGGACGCGCAGGAUUAUUCUUGAUAGAGUGUACCGCUUCACGCGGCAUCAAGAACAAAGCACCAUCAUGGGCGCACCAAGCGGAUCGACCGACACCAACCGUGGCACGACAGAGUUCAACAAGGGAUCAGCACCAGAUCCAGCGCCACAAGCGGGUCUAACAUCCUCUGGGUCACCCGAGGACCCGGGAAAAGCUGGCGGACACUUCUCCAAGGAGACAAUCAUCCUCGAGCCGACGUCCCCGACCACGCACUUCGUCUUCAAACCACCUCCCCGCAACUGCGUCGACAGCGAGGGGAGAGUGGUUUUGGAGGCCUCCUCGGAAGGGGUUCGGAUAAAGGACGACGACAGAAUACGACUGGACCGCUUUCAACACGUCCCCGGGUGUAUGGUGUGCCGUGGGAGCCUCGGCCACGUAAAGGGAAUGGACGGGCGCUACUACCAUCACUACGCCAGCUCCGACCGCAUGUGGUACAUGCCUGAACACCCAGGCCCGUACCCAACCCCGGCGGAGCCCCCUUCAUUGGAAAAGCUAGGCAUACUACCCCCAGAACCGGAGCCCCCGCUUUCGCCAGUUUCUGGAGAGGUGGUCCUUCCAUCCCCUGAAGACCUCCCGGGGACAGAACCUCCGAACGCCCCACCCCUUUCCCGCCACUACAUGAAAGUGUCGACAGAGGCAUGCUCACGGUGUCAACAGGGCGGCAAGUGCCCCGGCCAGGGACUUUGUCCGGUGAUGGGAGUGGUGCCCGUGGAAUCGGUGAUCCUCUUGGUCGAAGAGCCUAGGUUAAGGGAUGACUUCGACGAUCUUGGCGAGGCGGUCGUCGCUGAAGACGGCAGGGCUUGGUCUGUGGAAAGGAGCUCCGUCUUCUCUCAGAGGAAACGUCAGUGCGAGAGCCGGGCAGUGCUCAACACCGACAAGGUAAAACGAUCUCGUUUCGAGAUGUCAUUCGGGCGAGCCUCGAAGAUGCAGAGGUUCCCCCGCUUCGUGGCGGAGGGAAACCGCGACAUCAUCAUCAAGAAGACGAGCGUCAAGCAGGAGAUCGCCGUCAUCAGAGAGACGCUGUGGGCCCACUACAACACGCUCCUCAGCUCCUUCAACUACUACGUCUCCCUCGACGGGGUGUUCGGGGAGCCCGACGGCGCGGCCUUCCAGCUUGGGAGGGACCAGUAUUCGGCGUUUCUGUCCGACAUUCUGCACACUCGGGAGAAGGAAAACAAGGUGGUUAACGACGAGCUCAACCGAACCUUCGCGAAAGUCAACGCCGAGGAGGACUCUUCCACGGCAUCGGGGCUGGCGAACCUGGACCGGCGGUUGUGCGAGCAGGAAUGGAUGGAGUGUAUGGUUCGAAUCGCGGCGAUCCUGUACAGGAAGGAGACCAACAACGGAUCUGUGGCCAGAGCAUUAAGUCGCUUCAUGGCCGAGUUGGUCCAUCGUCUUCCAAAGGCGGCUCUCCUCGAUCCGGACGCUUAUCGGAGAGAAUGGUUGUACAAGGAAGGGCUGGAGAAGGCCCUGACCAAAAGGAUCGAGGGGUUCCGUGCGCUGUUUCAGACUUACCCCAAGAACAAUCUGGCAGUCAAAGCAGCCCGGCGCCGGAUACAGGUGCCGAAAGAGGAGCUGCUACGGUUCUCCCUCACAGACUGGGAGAUGCUCGUGGACGACGCCGGCAUUUUUCGAAUGCUUCAAAGAGCCAAGGUCAAGAGGGUAUUCAUCCAGUCGAGGAUGCUUGUAACAGAUGAGCUUGUGGAUCGCACCAAGAAUUGCUGUUUGACGCCGGUGGACUUUUUGGAGGCCAUGGUACGGCUGGCUGAUGCCCUCCCCCGCCAAGGGGACCUCUGGCCUACGACAGAAGAGUCGUUCGAGGAAUUUUGCUCUGUACUCUUCAGUGGUCUGGAGACACGCUGGGCCGGUCGUCUACGGGUGCACAUGGCGGGCAGCGACGACGAUGGCCGCACAGUCCUGAACUUCCGGAAUUUCAUGAAGAACACGGGCAUCGAAACGCGCGAAGCCACAGAAGACUUCGCGGCGUCGUGCGCGAUUGAAGACGAUAGAAAGAGUGUGCAUAGCCUUGGGGCAGAUAUGGAAGAGUGCGCCAUUUCCGAGCAACGAAGUGCAAGGUAGUUUAUGUCCGCCUUCUGUAA